GCAGGGAGCAAGGCCACUGGAGAGCCGGGGAGGCUGGAGGCAGGCUCUGGAUGGGGCACCUUGUACCCAAUAAUGAUUUGUUCUAUGGUCUGGCUCAAAAGAGGAACGGUUGCAGGGGCCCAGCAUGCUGAAGUCCCAGCCCAAGGCCCCUUUAAACGCCAAGGACCUGGCUGCAAGUCCUAAACGUGCUCAGAGCCCGAGUCUCAUUUCCAAACUUGCAAAAACAUGGCUGCGGAGCCUGACACCCGAUACUGUCUGACUGGUGGGAAAGGAAACUCCACAAUCGCAGCAGCCAAGAGCAUGCCAGGGCACAUGACCCGACCCCACCUGUUCCUGCUGGUCCUUGGACUCCUGCUGACCUUAUUCCUGUACAUGCUGCUGCCCAAUGCUUCCUCGCCCAGUGUGUUGCCUCCAGGAGUCCCCAACAUCACAGUGUUGACUGGCCUGGUCCCUGGAGACUCCCCACUUUUCUACCGGGAGGCUCUGCCUGUUGGUAGAGCACGCAGGGUGGAGGUGGUGCUCCUGCAUGGACAAGCCUUUAGCUCACACACGUGGGAGAAGCUGGGGACCCUGGUGCUGCUUUCGCAGCAUGGCUACCGGGCUGUAGCCCUUGACCUGCCAGGAUAUGGGAACUCAGCUGUCUCCCCAGAGGCUGCCACAGAGGCUGGACGGCUGAGGCUCCUGACAAGGACGCUGCGGGGCCUGGGCCUUGAGAACCCGGUGCUGGUCAGUCCCUCUAUGAGUGGUCGUUAUUCCCUCCCCCUCCUGCUGCAGGGGGGUGGGCAGCUCCGGGGUUUCGUGCCCAUCGCACCCGUCGCCACCAACGAGUAUUCUUCUGAACAGUACUUGGGAGUCAAGACACCAACUCUCAUCCUGUAUGGGGAGCUGGACCGACUUCUGGGCAUGAAAUCCCUGAAUUCUCUUCAGUACAUACCCAACCACUCAGUGGUGAAACUCAACGGUGCUGGUCAUGCUUGUUACCUCAACAAGCCACAUGCCUUUCAUACCGUUCUGCUGGAUUUCCUCAGGGAACUUCCAUGAACUUGUUGAUCCCAGCUCCCUGAGCUCCAUGGGGACCAGUUCCUCUUGCCACUAUAGGGGCAAGGCCUGCCCUUGCCUUCAACCACCCCAAACCACUGAAACUGAGAGCCCCUCCUCAUAAAUCUCCUUGUCCAAACAGCUCUGUAGGGAGAAGGAUGCCAGGGAACCAUGUCAGAUACUGGAAUUCUAGGACAUGGGGUCCGGGGGCCUGAGGCUCCCAGCUAUGUAGUGUGGCCCCGUUCUUUUGACUGCCAAGAACUGGUUACUUGCAUCCAGAAGAACUGGUUACUUGCAUCCAGGAGAACUGGGAGAUAGCAGAGGCUCUGAUUGGGGCAUAGAGGGAUCCUAUUUGCAGUAAACCCGGUCUCUGAAGCCAAGAAGCAACUCCCAUGCCCCAUAUCAUUUUAUGUGCAAUGUGUGGUCACCAGAGGUGGGACUGGAGAGAGGAAACUGGCAUCCACCUGCAUUCAAUAAAUUUUUAGUACAGCCCAA